AUGAUGAUGAUAAUCGAUAAAUCCUUCUUAUCUAUAAUUCCUAAUUUUGAUAGUUUUCUUACGCAUUGGGUAUUAUUGGUAUUAUUUAUUUAUGUCGUUCAUGAGAUUAUAUCGGAAUGGAAAGAAAAUGAAAUUCGGAAAAGAGCCCAAUCGAAAAAUAGUCAUAUAGCACCUUUAGUUUCUUCCAUUAUACCUUUCGCUUUAACAUUUUUAAAAAACAAACUCAUUUCAAUUUUCACAGGUAUGCAAAGCUUUUCACAUUUAGAUAUUAAAUAUAUCUUAUCCAACAAUUUUCAAAAUUGGGGCAAAUCUGAUCAUUUCAUAGCAUCUUUUUAUCCAUUAUUGGGUGAUGGUAUUAUCAAUACCGAUCAGAGGGCAUUGUGGUCUUGGCAUAGAUCUCUAAGUAGACCUCAUUUUUCGCGAGAAAGAAUUGCAGAUGCGGAUGCUUGUGAAGAACAUGUUCUCCGAUUAAUACAAUGGAUCAAGAUUCAAAGUCGAUUGAAACAGGCUAUCGACAUACAAGAUCUUUUUUCUCGUUUAACUCUCACGGUCGCCUCUCAACAUCUCUUUGGACAUUGUUUUGAUACGCUCAAGGAUCUCUUUCGUGAUAGACCUAUACAAGAAGGGGGUAUAGAUGUUGCAGCUUUCUGUAAAGACUUUGCUGAUGCUCAAAGUUAUUGUCACGCACGUCUCUUGCUACCAUCUUUUGUAACGAAAUUGAUUCAAAAACUGUCCCCCAAUCCAUCGAUUAAGAGAGUCCUGGAAGCCAUGGAUGUUUUGAUAAAAGAUGUAGUGCAAAAGAAUCUGAUCGAUAAUUCAUUAAAUGAUCAACAAGAGCCUCAAAAUCUACUCGAUCAUCUACGUCAAUCAGGUUGCUCAGCUCAACUUCUUCGUCACGAACUCCUAAAUCUGCUACUUGCAGCUAAAGAUUCUGUUGCUUCAUUAAUCACGAGUUGUAUCUACGAAUUGGCUGGAAGAGAUGAAAUCUGGACUCAGCUUCAAUUAGAAUGCAGUGGUCUCGCUGAAAGUUCUUCAAUUUCUACUGAUCAAAUCCAUAAAUUAAAAUUUCUUAGAGCAGUCAUCAAUGAAACUCUUAGACUUCAUCCACCAGUUGGGUCUAACGUACGUUGUGCAUUUGAGGACGAUGUUCUACCAUCAGGUAUCUUUGUUCCAGCUGGAACUGAUUUCCGGUUUGAUAUCAGAUUUCUUCAACGAAAUCCAGAAGUGUGGGGCAAGGACGCAGAAGAAUUUAUACCUGAUCGCUGGUUGGAUGAUCGACAAAUUCAACAAAGGGAAGAUCCAUUCCGUUUUCAACCAUUCAGUGCAGGUCCAAGGUUGUGUCUUGGCCAACAACUUGCUUAUAUGCAAGCAUCAAUUGUGUUGAUUAGAUUAGUUACUAAUUUCUCUGGAGUGGAAUUGGUGGGUAAAUCUGCUUUUAAGGAAAAUAUUAAAGAAUUUCAAUCAAUGGUUUUAAGCUUUAAAGAUGGCUUAUGGGUCAAAUUUAAAACAUGA